UUAGUCGGGCGCUUAUAUGGCCUUUGCAGUGUACCCGUAUGUCUUUCCGUCGGCUGCACCGUGAAAUAGUACCCGACUGCUCUCUUGCUCGCCGACCACGAUUUGCUCACUGACCACGUCAAUCAUUUGGUUCAAAUCUCUAUCAUUCACCCCUAACAUCUCAUGCUUCCCGGCAAAGAUGCACUCCCUGUCUCAAAAGAACUCGUCUAUGAGGCCGCCCUAGUCUUUUGGCGAACGGUGGUCAACAUCUUUUUCCGUGAAAUCAGACCGAGGAGUGCCUUCCAUAUACCUCGCGAUGGUCCUGUCAUCUUUGUGGCUGCGCCUCAUCAUAAUCAAUUCCUUGAUCCGCUUUUGCUUGCAUUGCAAGUGAAUCGAGAAACACGGCGUAAAGUUCAGUUCCUCAUAGCUGCAAAGAGCAUGAAGCGAAAGGUCAUUGGGCUAUUCGCGCGGAUGAUGUCGAGCAUUCCCGUUGCACGUGCUGCAGACGAUGCCAAACCCGGAACCGGUCAAGUCUCUAUUUCGGACGACGACCCUUGUUUGGUCGUUGGCUAUGGCACCCGCUUUACCAAGGAGUUUUCCCCGAAGAUGCAGAUCAUGCUCCCUAGAUUAGUCAACUCGCCUGUCGCUGAGGUAAUUGAGGUGAUAUCUGAUACUCAGUUGAGAAUCAAGAAGGAAUUUGGUGGAGACAGCGGGAAGGGUACAGCUAGAAUCCGAGAGAAACUAAAGGAAGUGCAAGCAGAGGGCGAACAGGGUUUCGAAUUCAAGAAGCUCCCGCACGUCGACCAGCAUGAGAUGUAUCAGCAUGUCUAUCAAUGUCUCACUGAGGGAGGCUGCAUUGGUAUCUUCCCCGAAGGUGGCAGUCACGAUCGCACUGAUCUUUUACCGCUGAAAGCCGGCGUAUCUUUGAUGGCACUUGGUGCUAUGGCCAACAACCCCUCCGUCAAGGUUAAGAUCCUUCCUGUCGGUCUAUCCUACUUCCACGCACAUCGCUUCCGUUCCCGCGCGGUAGUCGAAUUCGGGCCAGCAUUGGAUGUGCCCGAGGAGCUUGUCGAGAUGUACAAGCAAGGAGGUCAGCAGAAGCGCGAAGCCGUUAGCAAGUUGCUCGACUACAUCUAUGAUGCCCUCAAGACUGUCACAAUUCGUGCGCCAGACUAUGAAACAUUGAUGCUGUGCCAAGCUGCUCGACGCUUGUAUGAGACUCCCGGGCAACAUUUGACAUUAGGGCAAGUGGUGGAGAUGAACCGCCGUUUCUUGGAGGGAUACCUGCAUUUCAAGGACGAGCCGAAGGUCCAGAAACUGCGCGACGACGUUUUGAAGUACAAUCGCAUGGUCCGCGAUCUCGGCCUGCGAGACCACCAGGUACCUCACGCGCAGAAGGCGAGCUGGAAGGCACUGGGUCUCUUCACAUAUCGCCUGGGCCUUCUCAUGGUUUGGACGCUUCUUGCGCUUCCUGGUGUCAUCCUGAAUGGACCCAUUUUCCUUACUGCUUCAAUUAUGUCGAGAAAGAAAGCUCAAGAGGCACUCGCCGCUUCCACUGUCAAAAUUGCAGCACGAGACGUGCUGGCGACCUGGAAAGUCCUGAUUUCUUUGGGAAUGACUCCCAUUCUAUAUGGCUUCUAUGCGUUCCUUGCCACGAUUGUAGCCAUCAAAGCCAAUGUCCCGAUGCAAUGGAGGAUUUGGACGCCAUUCCUCGUCAUGGGUACAUUGCCAUUCAUCGCCUAUGCUGCGCUCAAGUUUGGCGAAGCCGGCAUGGACGUGCUAAAGUCUUUGAGACCAUUAGUUGUUGCACUCGUACCGGGCCAAUCUCGCUCAUUGGAUCGGCUCAAAGCAAUGCGGACUAAGGUGGCUAAUGAGCUCGCGGAGGUCAUUCGCGAAUUCGGUCCUAAACUAUAUGAUGACUUCGAUGCGAAUCGUAUCCUCGUACCAUCCGCAAGCGUUCCCCCGUCCUCAGGUCAGAAUGGAUUGUGGCGGAGGAAGAGCGGCACUGGUGGUGUUGACGCUCAAGGCAAUCUACUUGUACAUCCUAUGACUUGGCUUGACGAACGUCUAUUUGGAUGGAGUCGCAGUGCUUGGCGAGGAACAAGUGCUUGGUCUGGUUCACGUAGCCGCGACAUCAGCAGAGCUCCUAGUCCAUCGCUUUCUGAAGAAGAAGAGGAGGGCGACUACGACAACGUAAUAGGUUUCCUCGAUGGGCGUGCACAAUCUGCACGUCCGCGCUCUCGCAGUCAGCAAACUUCUUUUGCGGACCUCCAAAAACUACGUAACGGCAAUGGAACAGCCACAAAUACUACUCAUUUUCCGACUGUAGCCAGCGGCACGGAUGUGAGUGAGGCCGAUUACGACAAGGACGGCUUGCACAUGCGAACACGUACUGGUUCAAGAACCAGGAAGGCUAGCCUCGAGAACACUGUCCCUGUAGAAAGAAUAGGUGAAUUGGACCGCCAGGAGACGUUCAGGGAAGCAACCGCAGAUCUGAAUAAGGAGAUUGAAGAAACUUGGAGAGAUCAUGACGAAGCGCUUGCUGAAGAGGAGCAUCAUGAGGAGAAGGAGAGUCGAAAGGAUCAGUAGUCCUGCUGGCCACGGGACUUUAUGUUGUUGUAUAGUGUGUACAUGUAACAUGUUGUCUUGCUUAUCAUCCCGCUAUUCUAUAGCACUAGUGUAAUCUGUAUGAAUCACACGCGCUAUGGAUGUGCGGUAUUGAGAAGUCGACAAUACUCAC